CAGCUGUUCGCGCGAUACGAGCAGCAAGACCAGCUGAUCACAAAAACAAACGGCAGCGUUUCCCAGUGAGUUCGCGGCUAGCUGACAGUUCUCAUCGCGCGUCAGAGUAGCUGUGUGUUCUUAUUUUUUAAUUUGUUUGGGAUCAAUUACUGGCUUACGGACGAUUUUCCAGAAACAACGUAGUGUUACGUGAUUUCUGUGAGUUUGAAAAGUGAUGCCAAAAACGUCAAAACGGCCGACGUUUAUUCCUCGUGGACGUAUUGACGUUCUUCCUUUGUUAAACAGAAACAGGUUUCCUUACCAUGCCGUCCCUGCUAGAGGCCCUUGAACAAAAGUAUGGCGAGAGUUCGACAGAUUCGGAUGGGUCCGAGGAUGAAGGCAUUUCUGUGUCCAUAUUUGUGCCUUGUAAAUCUCCAAGAGCCGUCGUUCCGGCGCUCCUAGUUCUCAACGACUGCGAUAUUGCUACUGCCGGAGAAAAAGAUGCCUUGGUCGCUAAAUGUGCAGGUGUCGAAGAACUUGAUUUGGCCAAAAAUAAAUUACAAGAAUGGCCAGAGGUUUUUGGCAUCCUAGAACAAAUGCCCCGCCUUAAAUUUGUAAACUUAAGCUUUAACGUACUUUCCACUCCUCUUCGAUCAGAGGUGGAGCUGAACAAAGAAACAAAGUGGCAGCAACUUAAAAAUUUAGUUUUAAAUUCUACAUAUAUUAGUUGGGACAGUGUACAAGAAAUCCUUGAUCAUUUACCUAGCCUAGAAGAAUUACAUUUAAGUCUAAAUGAAUACAGCAAUGUUCAUCUUCAUGAUGACAAGUCAAAAAACUGUGAUAGUGUUAAAAACGAUAACGAAACCCAAGAAGAAACGCUUCCUCAAACGUGCUUAUGUACUCCAUAUAAACUAAAGCACAAACAUUCGAAACUGAGAGUUCUCCAUUUCAACGGUAAUCCUGUAGAGGAGUGGAAAGAGGUAACAAAACUUGGGUACGCUUUUCCUAACUUAGAGACUUUAGUAUUAGCGGACUGUCCUAUAAAAGCUCUAGACUUAAACGGAGAAGCAGUCGGAUCAAAUAUGAACUACGAAAGAUCGGAAAGCACCUGUGAAUCUUGCACUGAUAAAGAUUCUCCGCACGAUAGUUUUAGGAACUUAAGAGUUAUUAACAUGAAUUCUACCAAUAUUACCACCUGGGAUGACAUAGAGAAAUUGGCUAGGUUCCCAGCUUUAGAAUGUCUCAGAAUUCAGGCUUGUCCUUUAUGGGAAAGCAAUGAAUAUACUGAACACGAAAGGCGACAACUAGUGAUAGCCAGGCUACCAAAUGUAAAAACGUUAAAUGGUGGUGGAAAAAUAACCGCUGAUGAACGGGAAGAUGCAGAAAGGGCUUUCAUCCGAUAUUAUAUGGACAAACCUGAAAGUGAUCAACCGGAAAGGUACUUCGAGCUGAUACAGAUCCACGGAAAAUUAGACCCUCUGGUAAAUGUUGAUUUACGUCCAGAGAAGAGAGUCAAAGUAAACUUUAUAUGUGGUGAUAUUAGUGAAAUUAGAUCACUCGACUUAUUCCGUACAGUAUGGGACCUUAAGGUUAAGUUAGAACCGUUUGCAGGAUUUUCAGCAUCCAAGAUGAGGUUGUUUUACAUCGAUCAAGAUCUCCGAGAUAUUCAGGGCCCAGAAUUAAUGAAAUUCCCCAACAAGAGGUUAUACAGCUACAACAUUCGUAACGGAGAUGAAAUAAUUAUAGACUGUAAAAAGAAACCAAGUGAAUCAUCUAAAGGUUCUAGAUAUAAUGAAAAUGACGAUGACGAAAGUCCUUCAAACGAAAAUAUUAUUGAAAGGAGCAGUUAACUACAGCAAAUAAAAGAAUGGUGCAACUACUUAUUUAAGAAUAAGUAUAGACCUGUGAUAUGUAACAAAGUUUGAAGACAAUUCUUUUAAUUUUUUAGUAAAAAAUAAAAAUAUUGAUUCAUAAUCAGAAUUUAAAUUAUUGUAAAUAGUUUUUAAUUUUAAGGCAGCUUUAAGCUACUUAUGAUGAAGAUUGUGUAACAUUAAAAUAUCAGUGCCAAUAAAAAAUAAAAUAUACUUAUGCUUUA